AUGUCAGCUGAAGUUGCCAAAUUCAUUAAACAUGUGUCAUUCGAUGAUCUUGCACCCACUAUGAUUGACGAUCACGCGCAAGCUUUGAAAGCCAGCAACAAACAUAUAGGGUUCAAUAAUCAGUUUCUGCACGUUCCACCGCAGUUCAAUCCGAUGUACCAUACCGAGGCGUAUGAUUUCGGUGACUGGUCCUUCACUAGUAGAAGUCCAAACUCCAGAUCGGGAAGGAGAUUGUCUGAUCAGAAUUCGACCCAUAGAGAUAAAGUGGAAAAAAUGUUUGCAUUCACCAUGCCUCCGCCACUAGGUGGGAAGAAGGACUCGCGAAGCUCCUUGAAUGAUGGUGUAUAUCGAAGCCGAAGUGGCUCUCCACUGAGAAGCUCAUUGUGCCCACGGUUACCACCUCCACCUGACGUCUCAUCAUUGAAACCAACAAAGAGAACCGUGGAUGAACAGGGGGUUAUUACCGAUUACAACGUUGCAGAUCUGGAUUUUGAAACGGAAAAGAAAAUGAAUAAAGAAACUCUAAGAAAUACACAGGCAAAUUCAGGAUCCAGCAAUGGCUUUACACAGUCUGCCUUUGCAAAUUUAAACGAAUUGGAGGAUAGAUUAAAUCCGAAGAAUAGUAACGCGCAAAAGCUUUCCAAAGGAACAGCUGGUAAUGAAAAGAAAAAGACUAGAAAAAGCUUUGCUGAUAUGAGCGAUAAAGAGUUAGCAGAACUGGAAGAUUUUUAUGCAUCGCAAAGUAGAUCGAGUGCCAGCGCGCCAACAAUUGAUAAAUUUGAUUUCAGGGAGCAAAAUCCUCUUUUCCUCGAUGAUAUUACUAAAAAGAAUUCAUCAAAUAUUGACCCGUUGGCGGCUAUUUAUCCCUCGAGACCGGUGGUAAAUCAUAGGGCCAUUUCGAUAACUUUGGAGCACAAGGACUACGAACAGUUUGUUGAAAAUGUAAAUAUAAGGACGGGUUCUAAGAAACCUGAAGAAUCGCUCGUAGCUUUGAGAAUAGUAAACUGUUAUAUUUCUGGCAAACGCUACACAUGGUCAUCAGCAGACUGGUAUGUCGAAAAUAUGAUUGAAAACGGUGAUCAUUUGGUAAUUGUUACCACGAUACCAUUUUUUGAAAAAGAAGUUGAAGAAUCAGAUGAUGCGUUAUCAUGGAAACGUCGAUCACAAACACAUAAGUUAGAGAGAAUGAUGUCGGCAGAACAUAUCAUGGGCAUUUCAGAUUCAGAUAAUGAAUCAAAAUCAACAGACAACGGAACAACGAAUUCUGCAGAUCAUUUGUCCAAAAGUGCCAGAAUUCAAGCCAUCCAUGAAGAGGCGAGAAAAAAAUGUAACAAAAUUUUAAGUUAUUAUGCUUCAAGAAUUGGUGAUAAAAUUGUUAAAAUUACUAUUGAAAUGAUAAAGGACGAGAAUUUAGUCGAUGCUAUGACAAAAGCUGCUGCUUUGUAUAAACCGGAUAUUCAAAUCGUUAGUACAGUGAGUACAAAUUUACAAAUUAAAUUUAGAAAUGGCUUCGUUAAACUACCCUUCUUUGUCAUGAGACAUUAUUCUAUGCCAAUAGUUGUGAUACCGUUUGAAUUCAUUGAUCCGAGAGUACUGGGAGAAGAUGUCACAGUAACAAGUGAGGAGAAAGUUAAAGAAAAAGUCAAAUUGAAGGCUCCAUGCAAAGGCGAAAGAGUUGAGUUACUUGACUCAAUCAUUGAAAGAACAUUGGUUAAUCCAUUUUUGUCUGAGAGUAGAGACGAGUGCGAUAAAGAUAAGUUCACUGAUAAUGACAAUGAUUCCGUGGUGGCAUCUGUAAAUGAAUAUUUUCCAAUCUCGCCAGAGAAGAAAAGAGACAUAGAAUCAUUCGAAAGGUUGGGCUACAGACGAGCACCACCUACGCGAGCUAAUUUUUUCGCAACUGCCAAUGGCACUGGCAAUGUGGAUGGUAGUAGAUUACACCCAGUAAGUACCGGUGGUAGUUCAAAGAGAAGUUCAAGGAUACAAUACGAUGAUGGCAUAUACAAAGUCAAAUCUUUGAUCGAUGAUCUUAGCGAUGAAGGAGACGCAAGAAACGAUCGGAAACAGACACCCACAUCUUAUUCGCGGAUAAGAAAGACCAAAUCGAUGGGCGGCGCUCUUUCAUCCACUUCGUCUCCUCCACAGUCGGGAUCAUCUACUUCGAAACACCCAAUGCUAAGCAAGUUUAAAUCACAGAAUGAUUCGAUACCGUCGUCAAGCACUUCCAGGAAUACAGGUAAUUCUUCAAGCAACCCAGCAAAUAGUGCACCUACCAAAACUAAGAAAAAAGGGUUCGCCUCCCUAUUCCGGAAAGUUUUCAAAUGA